AAAUUACGAUGUAUCAGAAACUAUAAAUGUCGUUCAUGUUUUUCGAAAUAAUAUAAUUAUUAUUCGGACUUUCAAAUCUGUUUUAAAUAACAGUCAAUUAUCUUUAUUUCACUUGUAUGUACAACCGAAAUCAAGUGGCCGACUAAAGGAGAUAUAUUCUUCAAAGAAAUAUGUAUGUAUAUACAAAUGGUUUCUAAGGCAUCCAUAUGAAGUCGUACGCGCGCGUGCGCUCAUUAACCUAACCUUAUAGAACGUAUCUUUUUGGGAAGAUAUAUUUGGAGUUUGUGAACGAUACGCACACGUUUCACGAUCGAUAAGUAAUCAGUUUCGUAGGUUCGAUAUUUUUCAUUCUAUGAGAAGUAAUAAAUUUUUAGUCUACACGUGAAUAAGCAUUAUUCGUUUUUCUUGAAUAGCUGAUAGCUGAAUGUUUUAAACCGAAUGACCAUUUGAUACAUAUCCAUCGAAUGGAAGUAUAAAAAAUAAGAUCACAAAGGUAACGUAUGAUUGAUUACUAUAAAACAAAAUCGAAGUAUUAACGAAAAGAAAGAUACGAAUAAAUGAGAUCAAAGGACUGUAACUAAAUGCAACAACGAUACAUUGAUACGCAAUCGCUAAUAUAAUCAGACGCCAUCUCGUGCUAUGCAAAGGUAUCAUGUAAAAUCAGUAGUUUUCCAGUUCUGAUUCGGCAUUCGCUUAAAACGCAAUCAACUACACCAAGAAUUGUGACGGAUUACGAUCCAUUACGAUAGUCAGAAAUAAGCAAGAGGAGCAAAGAGGACACGUAAAACAUGGCGGAUGCCGUUGUAGACGGGACUCCGAUGUCCCGAUUUUUUUGUCAUAAAUGCAGUAUCGAAAUUGAACGUUUAUUACCUGAUUAUACGUGUCCAAGAUGUGCAAGCGGUUUCAUAGAAGAAUUAGAGAGCAGUAGCAAUGAUAGUGGUUCAGGAAUGGACAUUAGUAGCGAAGAUUUAAGUGACAUUGAUGAUAAUCCACCAUAUAAUUUCCCACAAAGAAAUUUAUAUGGUGCAGAACGUGAUUUAAUAGAGAUGUUACUGGGGAUUUCCAAUCAAGGACAAACAUCAAAUGCUUCUAACAGAAAUAAUGGUCCUACUGGUAGAAGACGAGUUCACUGGUAUAGAAAUGCUCAAGACAGACGUCGUUCUAACAGCCUUGGGAGAAGAGAAGCUGUAUCUGUAGAGAAUUUCAUACAAGAAUUUGUACUUAAUCUCUCGGGAGUAGGUGUAGCUCAAACUGUAACCCAACCUGGACAGCUACCCGUACUGUUCUUGGGAAAUCCUGGAGAUUAUGUUUGGGGUCAGGAUGGUUUGGAUGCAAUCGUAACGCAAUUGUUAAACCAACUGGAUGGAACUGGACCACCUCCUUUACCACGAAAGCAAAUAGAUGAAAUACCGAAUACAAUGGUUACUCAAACUCAUGUUGAGAGUAAACUUCAAUGUUCCGUUUGUUGGGAGGACUUCAAACUGUCUGAAUCAGUGAAACAACUUGCGUGUCAACAUUUGUAUCAUGGACCGUGUAUCGUACCGUGGUUAGAAUUGCAUGGUACUUGCCCUAUUUGUAGACAGAAUUUGGGAGACCAAAAUUCAGCUGAUGUAAAUCAAGAUACUGUAGGACCUAGCCUAGCUGCUCUUUUUAGGGCAGCCAAUGAAUCAAACAGUACUAGAACAUCAUCAACGUCAUCUUCGGGUGGGAAUAACUCCAGUAAUAAUUCAACGAGUGAGAUUUGAGAUUGAUCGUCCUGCAUUUACACUUUCUCUACUUAGCAGGAUACAUAAAUAUACAAACGAUAUACAUUUAUUUUUCACAUCUUCAGAUUUAUUUUUCGGCACUGUUCACUCGAGCAAGGCACUUAUAUAUACUUCGUAAAUACUGUAUUCUGAUGCUAACAUAAAUUUCAAGCUUUAUAUUUUAAUCAACAGUGUAAUGUAAAUCAUAAAAAGAAAAAAAUAAUGCAAUAUCAAGGUUAAACAUAAUAUUUUGCUUCGUGCGAAUUAUAAUGAAGUAUGGUCAUAAUAAGUCAAAGAAAGACACAUAUAUUUGAAGUUGAAAUAAUCCUUGUUGCUAUAUAUAUAUAUAUGCUGUCUCAUAGUUUCUGAUAAAAACGCAGUUUAUUAAGUUUCUCAAACAAAUGUGUCUAAAAUUAAAAAAAAAAAAAGAAAAAAAAUGUACGUUUCUUUAUAAAAGUUCAAAUUUUGAUGUUUAAUAAAUUUAAUGUAGCAGAAUAAUAUUUACAAAAGAAAAAAAAUGUAAUAUAACUAAAAGAUGUGUAUUACACAGAAAAAUAACGCUACAAACGUUAAUGAUUUUAAGUAAGAGGUUUGUAAAUUUCCUCUUCCAUUAUGUGUGAUAAAUUAAACAGAUUUCCUUGAUACUUAUUUGACUACAUCAUAUAUCUUUUUUAAGUUCCAGAGAUAUUCGAAAUUGAGUCUUAUUUAGAAUCAAAUGUUUGCACUAGUAUCGUUCUGUAAAUUAUCAUUGAUACAUCGUAUUUUAAUUGUUAUUAAUAAAUGUUCAAUUCAGCUAACGAUGCGUGAAAUAUAUAUAUAUACAUUAAUGGAUAUUAUUUUAGUAAUGAAAAAUGUGAAAAAUGAAAAGCACUGACAACACGAAAUAUCUGUAUCACUGUUCAAAA